AAAAUGGAAUUUGGUUAGAAGUGUUAUUUUCAAGGUUGACCGGACUCACCUUCUUUUUCGGAUUUCCUAAUCUCCUCCUUCUAAACCCAUUUAUAUACAAGUUAAUUUCAUCCUUCCUCCUUCUUUUUCUCAUCUUCUCAUCUUCCAAGAUAACAGACACUUUCAUAUCCAUAACUUUUCUAACAACAACACUUAUUAUUGCUUCUCAGUUUUCCCCUUUCCAAACAACACCCAAAAAAAAUCAUCUUUUUUUAUAUAUUUUUUUAAUUUCUUGCCAUAAAUUCUGAAUUAUGAAUCCUUAAAUUCACACCCAUUAUGAUUUUCAUUCAACCAACUAAAAAUUACUUCCUGGGUUGUUUUUCAAUCAAUAAAUCUGUGAGUGAACAGAUUUUUCUCUGUUUUUAAAACAAAAUUACAAUUUACAAAUGGAAGGAUUCUGCUAUUACAGACCUUACUUCAAUCCCGAGUUUGAAUCUUUAAUCGAACAUAUUAAUCCUCCAAGGGUUUGCAUUGACAACGAUACUUGUAAAGAUUGCACACUUAUCAAGGUUGAUAGUGCAAACAAGCAUGGGAUUCUGUUAGAAGUCGUGCAAAUCUUGACAGAUUUAGACCUUUUGAUCUUAAAAUCAUACAUUUGUUCUGAUGGUGGAUGGUUCAUGGACGUCUUCCACGUGACUGACCAAGUUGGUAACAAGAUCACUGAUGAAGCUCUUAUUCAAUACAUUCAAAAGGCAAUAUGCACCAAGAGAAGUUCAAAGGAAGUGCAAGUAUGCCCAGGUCGAGAAGUGAGACCUCGACAUGUUGCAAUGGAGCACGUGGCCCUGGAGAUGACUGUGACAGAUCAGCCAGGCUUGCUAUCCGAAGUGUCAGCAGUGCUCACUGAGCUAGGGUGCCAUGUCAGCGCUGCGGUGGCAUGGACCCACAACCGGAGGGGUGCGUGCAUCAUCUAUGUGGAUGAUCAUGAGAUGGGCAGACCAAUUACAGACCAAAAACGGCUGUGUCACAUACAAGAACAGCUGCAGACUGUUGUGGAAGCCCAUCACAAGAACGGCGAGAAGCAGUGUGUUAAAUUGACCACACCUGCUACGGCUCAGACUCACACUGAGCGAAGACUUCAUCAACUCAUGCUGACUGAUGAAGAUUACGAGCCGUGCAGUAUAUGUGGGGGUAGCAGUGGUGCUGGUGAAGGAAUGGAGUUGAAGAGGGAUAAACUGAAUAAUAACAGAAUGAGCUGUGGAUGCACUCAAGUAAGCAUAGAUACUUGUAAAGAGAAGGGGUAUUCUGUUGUAAAUAUAAAGUGUAGAGACCGUCCUAAGUUGCUGUUCGACACUGUCUGUUCUCUCACGGACAUGCAAUAUAUGGUAUUUCAUGCUGCCAUCUCUUCCAACUCCUCGAUUGCAGUUCAGGAGUAUUAUGUACGACGAAAAGACGGAUGUACAUUGGACUCUGAAAAUGAGAGGUACAGAGUAAGAAAAUGCUUGACCGCGGCUGUAGACAGAAGAGGCACACAGGGUUUGAAGUUGGAAAUCAUUGCCAAGGACAGAAUAGGACUACUCUCAGAUGUAACGAGGGUUUUCCGUGAGUGUGGGCUAUCGGUAACUAGAGCUGAGGUAGGCACCGAAAAUGACAAGGCAACGGGCACAUUUUAUGUUGCAGAUGCUUCAGGGCGGAAGAUAAGCAAAGAUAUGGUGGCAGCAAUAGAGAAAGAGAUUGACGGAAAAGUUGUGGUGCAUGAUAAACCGACCAACAAAAGCGAUAGUAACACAAGAGGAAUGGAUGACAAACCAAGCUUGUUAUCCUUCGGAAGCUUGCUAUGGUCUCGACUAGAGAGGAUUUCGAGCAACUUUGGGCCCGUUAGGUCAUAAACAGAGUUGUCUCAAGCCACAAUUUUAUGUAAUAUGUACAUACUAAAACACAUCAAUACAUCAUGCUUGUAAGCAUAUAAGUAUGUCAGAGUACCUGUACAAGUCAUAAGUGGUAAUAGCUGUAUAUAAUGCGAGUGGUAAGACCAUGCAUCAUUGCAUCGGUAGUUUCACUUGAGCAAUCAUUUUCUGUGACGGAGAGUCUUGCAAGUGAAUUUUUGAGAAAGACUAGCUUUGUUGGCGUAGAAAAAAAUAUCUAGUCUUAUAUCGAGUUUUGAAAA